UCGGUUUUCUAUUUUUGGAUCCAGCCCUAUAUACAGUGAGUCAGUGACACCUUCCACGAGGUGCUCGGCCUUGGUAGUUUUAUUGCAGACAUUUGGCGUAAUAAUCACAUAAGCUCUCUGCCAAUUUGAAGAAUCAGAUCCAUAAUGGACGAGCAGCAGAGGGCACUCCUCCUUCAAUCAGCUGCUAGCUUUCCGCCUCCUGAAGGGGUGAAGCUGUCAUAUGGCACAUCAGGGUUCAGAGCUGAUGCGUCAAUGCUUGAAUCAAUAGUCUUCCGGGUGGGGAUUCUGGCUGCACUGAGGUCGCUGAAGACUGAUUCAGUGAUUGGCCUUAUGAUCACUGCGUCUCACAAUAUAGUUUCAGAUAACGGAGUCAAAGUUGCUGACCCGUCUGGCGGAAUGCUGACUCAAGAAUGGGAGCCCUUUGCUGACCAGCUCGCCAAUUGCCCCAAUCCUAGCUCUGUUCUAGAGUUAAUAGUUGAUUUUGUGAAGAAAGAACACAUUACACUCGAUAGAAAAAAGUCAUCAGUGGUUUUAUUGGGGAGAGACACCAGGCCUAGUGGAGAGAAACUCCUUGCGGCUGCAAAGAAAGGAGUUGCAUCAAUUCUGGGAGCCGUUGCGAAUGAUGUUGGAGUGGUGACAACCCCACAACUUCACUGGAUGGUCCGUGCAAAAAACAAAGGCUUGGAAGCAUCUGAGUGUAGUUACUUUGAUCAACUUGCAUCCUCUUUCAGGUGCCUGAUGGAUUUGUUACCCCAAAGAGGACGAAGCAAUGCUGGGAAUGAAAAAGUGAUAGUGGACGGUUCAAAUGGCGUGGGUGGAGAAAAGCUUGAAGAAUUGAAGAAAUUGUUGACUGGGAUCUCCAUUGAAGUUCGUAAUCGUGGUGAUGGUGUUCUUAAUGAUGGUGUUGGUGCUGAUUUUGUGCAAAAAGAGAAGACCGCGCCACGCAAUUUUGGUCAUACCGAUGUUGGUCUGCGGUGCGCAAGUCUGGAUGGCGAUGCUGACAGGAUCGUCUAUUUUUCAAUAAAAAAUGACAAUCGCAAAAUUGACCUUGUUGAUGGGGACAAAAUAUUAUCCCUGUUCGCUAUAUUUAUCAAGGAGCAAAUAUGUAUUAUGAAUAAGAAUAUAGAUGUAAAAGAAAAUAAGUUUUGUGCACCGAGGUUUGGUGUUGUUCAAACAGCAUAUGCAAACGGGGCAUCAUCUGAUUACCUAAAGUCAAUGGGUCUAGAAGUAGUGCUUACACCAACAGGGGUUAAAUACUUGCAUGAGAAAGCUGCAGAAUUUGAUAUUGGCAUUUAUUUUGAGGCAAAUGGGCAUGGAACCAUUCUGUUUUCCGAAGCAUUCUUAUGCUGGUUGGAGGGCAGAACUGAACUUUUGUCAACAUCUGAAGGUUCAGAAGAGCAAAGAGCUGCUUCAGUACUUUUGGCGAUUAGUAAGUUAAUUAAUCAAGCUGUAGGAGAUUCUUUAAGUGACUUGCUUUUGGUGGAGGCCAUCUUACAUCAUAUGGGAUGGUCUAUCAAUGAAUGGAAUGCACUUUAUGAGGACCUACCCAGCAGACAACUUAAGGUAAAAGUGGUUGACAGAACUGCAAUUGUGACGGUGAAUGCAGAGACAGUUGUUACUAAACCUAGUGGUAUUCAGGAAGCAAUAAAUGUUGAAAUUGCGAAAUAUCCACGGGGAAGAUGUUUUGUCAGACCAUCUGGAACAGAAGAUGUUGUGAGAGUAUAUGCAGAAGCAAGCAGCCAGGAAGGAGCGGACUCCCUAGCAAACUCGGUCGCCAAGCUCGUCGAACUCCAUCUUGGUUUUGGCCACUCCUAAAUCCAAACAAACCUGUCUUGUGCUCUCUUUUUCAGGUCCAUGGUGGCUUUGUACAUGCCUACAUUAAUAUCCAACAAAUCCAGAACUGUGAGCUGCAGUUCAACUCAGUGGUGGACAAGCUCUCCAAAUCCCCAGUGCUCCACAAACUUGUAGCUAUAUAUGGCAUUUAACACCGGAAUUGGUUAAAUAUAACGGCAGUGACUUGUCUUGCUGAUAAGAAGACAUUCACAAAGAUCGUUGAUUAUUUUUUUUACAAUUCAAAUAAGAUCAUUAUGUUUUGAAUUUUUGCCACAAUCAUCUUUGCUGUUAUCUUGUUCAAUGCAGUACUAGUAUUCUUGAGAAAAUGCAUGUGUAUCACCCUGGUUAGGAUUUCACAUGGCCAAAUGUACAUGAGCUCCUAACUGUGACUAGAUUUUUUCCGCUA